UGUCUCGUUUCUAGGAAACUCAUAGUAAACAGUUCCUGUGUGGCCGCCUGUCUCUGAGAACUCGCACAACCACUUUCCCUGACACUAUGUCGGCUGUGGUCAGCAGUCACUCACUACCUACCACCUCAAAGCGCACACCCCAGCACAGUGAUCCGGGCGGCAGCUCUGGGCAGCACGUAGCGGCAUGUGAGACGUGCGCCAGUCUACGAGCCACAAUUGGAAGAAUGGAGAAGGAGAAGGAAGAGGCACUGAGAGAACAAAAUGAGUCUUUCCAGAGGCAGCUGGCGGAGAUAGCCAGGAACAGGCAGCACCUGGAGGAAGAGCGUAUGAGGAUGCUACGCCACCGGCUACAGCAAGAGAUGGAGCAGGAGAUGAGGGGACUGCGGCAGUGCUGGAAGGAAGAGUCCACAGACGCUGUGCUGGAGGCUCUGGAGGAGGCGCGGCGACAGGCAGAGAGGGAACGGGAGAGGGAGAUGCAAGCAGCGAAAGAGGCAGCAGAGCUGCACUACAAGGACCGUCUGAAGCACGCGGUAGCAGAGGCUGUAGCAGAGGAACAGAGACAAUCGGAGCAACAGAGAGACUCAAUGAAACGGCAGCAGGCGGAGGAACUAAAGGCUUUCCAAGAGAAGAUAUGUGCUGUGCAGGAGCAGCUGGAGAGUGUAAUCAGGGAGAAGACGGACUUUGAGUGCCAGUUUAAGGAGCUGCAGCUGAAUUACAAGCGAUUUAUCGACCUGACAGACUCCGCUCUGCACUCGGAUUACCUCCUGCGCCUGAUACGCCUGGGGAAGCCUCCUGGCUACGCCCACUGCGCCGUCCAGACUGAUGCCAAUACUGCAUGAUCUUCCUGUAACACCAGACUAUGGAUGGGACAUCAAUGAUUCCAUCAGUGCAUGGGGAUCCGGUCUCUAGGUCGACAGUAACUAGGUCGACAAUGUUUAGGUCGACCACUAUUGGUCGACAGUAACUAGGUCGACCGGGUGUCAAGGUCGACAGGGUUUCUAGGUCAACAUGUUCUAGGUCGACAGGUCAAAAGGUCGACAUGAGUUUUUAAAAAAAAUAUCUUUUUUUUUUACUUUUUCGUAAUUAACGAUCCACGCGGACUACGAUUGGGAAUAGUAACCUGUGCCGAGUGCAGCGAGGCACCUUGCCUGAAGCCAGGGGACACAGUGCACUAAUUGGGGUUCCCAGUCAUUGUACGGAGAAAACGACACAAAAACCCCCCAUUACAAACUAAUGUUGACCUUUUGACCUGUCGACCUAGACCAUGUCGACCUAGAGACCCCGUCGACCUAGUUACUGUCGACCAAUAGUGGACGACCCAAACAUUGUCGACCUAGACACUGUGGACCCUAUGAAGCACACCCCAGCACAACAAUGCUUGUCAUGGAACCAGUCGGCCACAUACUAUACUUGUAGCGGACAUAUUGCCAGUUUAACUGUCAUUAGUAGAGAGAGGCUACACCUCUGCAGCAAUUCCACUUUACUGCCCUAAAAAUCACCCUGUCCUCUGGGCCCUCACACCCUCCUCUGUCAACCUGUCCUCUGGGCCCUCACACCCUCCUCUGUCACCCUGUCCUCUGGGCCCUCACACCCUCCUCUGUCAACCUGUCCUCUGGGCCCUCACAUCCUCAUCUGUCCUCUGGUCCCUCACACCCUCCGCCAUCACCCUGUCCUCUGGUCCCUCACACCCUUCUCUGUCACCCUGUCCUCUGGGCCCCUGCAUCCUCACCUGUCACCCUUUCCUCUGGUCCCUCACACCCUCCGCCGAUACCAUGUCCUCUGGGCCCUCGCAUCCUCAUCUGUCACCCUGUCCUCUGGUCCCUCACACCCUCCGCCAUCACCCUGUCCUCUGGGCCCUUGCAUCCUCAUCUGUCACCCUGUUCUCUGGUCCCUCACACCCUCCGCCGUCACCCUGUACUCUGGUCCCUCACACCCUCCGCCAUCACCCUGUCCUCUGGUCCCUCACAUCCUCAACCAUCACAUUGUCCUCUGCCGUCACCCUUUCCUCUGGUCCCUCACACCCUCCGCCAUCACCCUGUCCUCUGGUUCUUCACACCCUCCUCUGUCACCCUGUCCCUGUCCCUCAUACCCUCCACUGUCACCCUGUUCUCUAGGACCUUACACCCUCCACCAUCACCAUGUCCUGUGGGUUUUCACACCCUCCGCCUUCACCCUGUCCUCUGGUCCCUCACACCCUCCGCCGUCACCCUGUCCUCUGGUCCCUCACAUCCUUCACCGUCACAUUGUCCUCUGGUCCCUCACACCCUCCGCCGUCACCCUGUCCUCUGGGCCCCCACACACUCCGCCUUUAAAAUGUCCUCUGGUACUUCACAUCCUCCGCCAUCACCCUGUCCUCUGGGCCCUCACACCCUCCACUGUCACCCUGUUCUCUAGGACCUUACACCCUCCACCGUCACCAUGUCCUGUCGGUUUUCACACCCUCCGCCUUCACCCUGUCCUCUGGGCCCUCAAACCCUCCGACUUCAACCUUUCCUCUAGUCCCCAACACUCUCGCUCACCACCUUGUCCUCUGGGCCCUCACAUCCUUCGCCAUCACCCAGUCCUCUGGUCCUCACACCCUCUGCUGUCAUUCGGUCCUCCGGUCCCCCAAACCCUUCGCCAUCACUCUGUUCUCUUGGCCCUCACACCCUCCACCUUCACCAAGUCCUCUGGGCCCUCACAACCUCGCCUGUUACCCUGUCCUCUGGUCCCUGACACCCUCCACUGUCACGCUGUGUCUUUCACACCCUGCCAUUUUCCCAUGUUGAAAAUUGAAACAAAAUAAACACUGAAUUAUGUGCCCUUA